UCCAGUGUUACAGAAGGAUGUCGACUCCCAGUCCUUAUGUCCAGCUGCAGCGACUGGCCGUUGGCAGAGGUCAUCAGCAUCAAGGACUGUGAAACAAAAAAACAGUUCUAUGUUCAUUACAUUGAUUAUAACAAACGGCUUGAUGAGUGGGUGGAUGAAGACAGACUGGAUACGAGGAAGAUCCAGUAUCCCAGAAGGGACUUGGCCUCGGGAACCACGACCGGCCUGAACACACCAAAGAAAACGCUGACAGGUACCACCAACUCGAGACCCUCAUCUCCUGGACUGACGCCAGCUCAGGAUCCAAUAACUGGCCCCUCAGUGUUAGCUGCCUUACAACAAAAGCAACAGAAAAAUAGAAAGAGGAAACUGGACCAGUCAGAGGAGGAAGAUGGUCGGAGAUCGUCAAUUGGCAGUGGAGGUGGAGUAGGGGCAGGAGCUGUAGCAGGAUUAGGAGCAGGAGCUGGAACAGGAGGUGGAGUGGGAGGGGGAGGAGGGAGGAGGGUGAGAGGUGGAGGUGGAGUUGGAGUUGGAGGUUCCAUUGGUGGAGGUGCUUCACUCAGCACUGGUAGUGGUGCGCUAGCAACACUUGGAGGUUCUCUAGGGGGGUCCAUUGGUGGGGGUGGCAUGAACAGCUCCAUCAGUAACCUGGGUGACAUUGAAAUCCCAAAUGUGUUGAAUCAGCAGCAGACCGUUCCCAGGCAGACUGGCUCUUUGGCCACACACUCAGAUGACCAUGCCAUCACAAGAAUCAAGAACAUGAGGAUGAUUGAGCUAGGAAAAUACCGCAUCAAACCAUGGUAUUUCUCUCCAUAUCCACAGGAAUAUACAAACUUAGACUGUAUUUAUAUAUGUGAAUUCUGUCUCAAGUAUAGAAAGAGUAGGAAAUGUUUGGAAAGACAUUUGCAAAAAUGCCCCUUCAAACAUCCACCAGGCAACGAAAUAUACCGCAAAGGGUCCAUAUCUUUUUUCGAGUUAGAUGGCCGAAAAAACAAAUUGUAUGCGCAAAAUUUGUGCCUUCUAGCAAAGCUUUUCCUAGACCACAAGACGCUGUAUUACGACACAGAUCCUUUCCUCUUUUAUGUUAUGACCGAAUAUGAUAAUCGAGGAUAUCACAUAGUCGGAUACUUCUCAAAGGAAAAGGAAUCUUCAGAAGACUACAAUGUAGCCUGUAUUUUAACCCUUCCACCAUAUCAGAGGAAGGGGUAUGGCAAACUACUUAUUGAAUUUAGUUAUGAAUUAUCCAAAUUUGAAGGUAAAACAGGGUCUCCUGAGAAACCGCUCAGUGAUCUUGGACUACUCUCAUAUAGAUCUUACUGGAAGCAAACAAUAUUGGAGAUUCUCAUUGCCCUAAAGCCACAGGAAGGGCAGGAAAAACCACAACUUACGAUAAAUGAAAUCUGUGAGCAAACCAGCAUAAAAAAGGAAGAUGUGAUAUCUACUCUCACGAACUUAGAGUUAAUCAACUACUACAGAGGGCAGUAUAUAUUAACGCUUAAUAAAGAACUUGUAGAGAACCACAAGAAAGUGAUGGAGAAGAGAAAGAUUAGAAUCGACUCCAAGUUUUUGCACUGGACUCCAAAGGACUGGGCAAAGAGGGGCAAGUGGUAGUCUGCUGUGAUAAAUCUAUAUGUAGGAGGAAAAAAAUAGUAAAUUUUAUAGUACAAAUUGAGAACGAUUAUUUUGUAUCAGUUUAUUAUUUUAUGGAUCAUAAGUAAGAUAUUGGAGAUUGUAUUGUAUAUUUGAAUUUGGUGUAACAUGUGUUGAAAAUGAGCAAAUUUGGGAAAGGCAAAAUCCCACAAGAUGAACGAGGAAAUGGAAGACAACAGACAAUCUCAGGCUGAUAGUACUUGCAAUUUCAGUUUCUUGUGAUGAAAUAAACUCAGACAAAGGGGAAAGUGGCAAAGAAUUGUUUCAGUAUACUGGGAAAGGGCUUUGGGUUACUUCACACUUUUAUUAUUAGGUCUUAUGGAA